GAAAAACAGAAAAAUGUCAAAGAGUUCAUCAAAAUUCGGUAUUCUUUGAAUAGGCGCAUCAUGAGUAGACAUUAAAGUGAAUUUGAUGAUAUUUCAACAUUUGAGACAAAACAAGCAUUAGUGGAUCAAUUGGAGCAUGAAGCAUUUUUUUGAUGAUUCAUAUUGAUUAGAAUUUGAUUGAAUAAAAAUUAAUUUACAUAUCAAAAGUGACAAAACUCUGAACCAUAUCUCUCGAGAUAAUCAAUACUGAAUACUUAUUCAGAGCCAUUCAUAUCAUUAUUUGUGACAAUACAGAGCUUUCAAAAUGGUGACGAUAACAAAGUUCCAACUUAGUCUUCUGAUAUUUACAAUAUUAUUAUCAUUAAACAACGCAAGCAGCUUAAGCAAGUGUCCACUAGAUUGUUAUUGUGAUCUAGAUCCAACUGGACGUUAUUAUACAGAAUGCAAUGAGCCAAACUUUUCUGAAUUUAAAGAUACAGAUUAUGACCGUAAAAUGGAAGUGAUAAUUAUCCGAGAUCCAAAAUAUCCACUGACUAUUGGUCCCGUAUUUUCACGCUUUAAAAAGUUAGAAACAUUAAAGAUUGUUGGUGCAAAUAUUCCAGCAAUUGGAGAACGUUCUUUUUGGGGUGUCACAUCAUUAAGAUCAUUAGACUUAUCUUUUAACAACAUCACGCUAAUUAAUAAUGAAAAUUUCUAUGACCAAAAAAACCUUGUCGAAUUGAAUUUAGCAAGCAACAAAAUUGGAAGAGUGCCCAGUGGUUCAUUCAGUUAUUUGAUGAACUUACGCAUAUUGAAUCUGGCUGAUAAUUCUUUGAAAGAAUUGCUUCCAAGGACAUUUCAAGGUUUAUCAAAACUACGAUAUCUGGAUCUUAGUGAAAAUCCUCUGAAUGAUUUUAAUCCAAAUGUACUCCGAGAUGUUAAAGAUCUUCGUGCACUAAAAUGUCGAAAAUGUCAAUUGAAGAACGUGAACCCAACAUUAUAUUCCUUAUUGAGGCAACUAUCAGAGCUAGAUUUUGGAGAAAAUCAGCUUCAACAUUUAGAUGCGGACGAGUUCAAGGAUUUGAAAUACUUGAAGCAUAUACAUUUGGAUAGUAACCAAUUGUCGACGAUUGUCAGUGGCUUAUUCUCUAGCCAAAAGGGUCUUGAGUAUUUAGAUCUUUCACGUAAUCGUUUAAGAAAAAUAGAAAGUCAAGCCUUCAAUAAUUUAUCAAAUCUAACAUAUCUGGAUAUAUCGUAUAAUAAGUUGCCUACUCUCGAACCAAAUGAUAUGUGUGAUUUGCCAAAAUUGCACACACUCAAUAUAAGCGGAAAUGUGCAGCUUAACUUAUUUGAAAUGAGCGCAGUGUUGCAAAAUAUGUCAGAAUUACGGUCCCUAUCAAUUGCUGAUAUUACAAAUUUACCAUCGGAUAUUUUUGAAACAUUAAAUAACCUUCAAUCAUUGAACAUAUCGGGUGCUGGAUUAGGAAGUAACAUUAGUCGUAUAUUGCAGCCGAUGAUUAUGUUGAAGGAAUUGGAUAUAUCGAGAAAUUUCCUGACUGGAUUUGAUGAAGAAUUGGUGGAAAAAUUGCUGAGCAUCGAAAAUGUUCACUUCGAACACAAUAAAAUCAUAUGUGAUGUUUGUAGCGUGGGUGCUUUGGUCGAUCGCAAACUUUUGAUGAAAUGGAAAUACAUGCCGUCAUGCAAUCAACCGGAUCAUUUACGACAUAAGCCAAUAAAUCGAUUGAUUAAAGAAAACUUAGUCGCAUGCUAUGAGAAUUUAAUACUUGAUGGGGGCAAUGAUGCUGCAAGUACAUCAUAUAAAAUCCUCCACGAAAGCCAAAUCAACUUAAUCGCUUUUAUGGGCGCAUCUAUUUUCGUUCUAUUACUACUGAUAAUCAUCAUUUCAAUCUCCAUUUGUACAAGACAACGAGCGCACUAUUAUACAAGAGAGGAUGGAAAAGGAGAACAAGCCAACAGUGAGAAAUGUCUAGAGGGAUCACUUUUACCCGGAACGGAAAUAAAUUUUAAAUUUCCACUUGAUGACGAUAAUAUUUGUACAGUAGACGAGAUUUGUUUGCCCCAACCACCAUCUAAAUAUUUAUCAUCUAGUAUGAGAUCUAGCUGAUAUUAUUUAAAAGAAAUUCAGCAUAGUGAGUUGCUUUAAAUAUUUAAUUUAAUGAAUAACUUUAUUUUAAACAUUAAAUGAACUUUUAAAUAAUUAUGAUAUUUACAAAUUUUAUAUAAGAGAUUUUUUAAGGAGAUAGAAAUAAUUAUCAAAAGAUAUUUUUAUAUUAUGUACAUGGAAAUUUUACUCAAGUGAC